AUUAUUUUCUUAAAAUGUGUUGUAUAGUGAUGACCGUAAAAGACCUCUUUACAUAAGAUUACAGAAUAAUAAUUUUUUAAAUCUAUGAGAAUACUUAAACGAACGGUAUAUCUGUAAUUCUGUACUAUUAUUAUGUAUACAAUUACUGCAGUAAACUACAUCUCUUUGUAAAUAAAGAUAUUACUACACAACUAUACAUAAAAGGAAUUUCCAGUGAAAAGUUCAACCACUCACUAUUAUUAUAAGAAAAAUACAAUACGGUUUUUGUUGUUAUUAAUAUUACGAAAAAAAGGUUUAAUGUUUAAUUUGUGUUUGAUCGGAAAAUUACAAGAGCAAUGGGUGUCGAUAAUAAUGAAUCAACAUAUUUAGGAUUUGAUUUUAGUACACAACAAGUCAAAGCAGUUGUUAUUAAUAAUAAUUUGGAAUUAAUCCAUGAAGCGUUCGUUCAGUUCGAUAAUGAAUUGCCAGAAUUUCGAACCCAUGGAGGUGUACACCAAAGUCGAGAACGAACAAAUAUUGUUACAGCCCCCGUUUUAAUGUGGGUCAAAGCACUGGAUAUGAUCUUUGAUAAAUUGACAAUAUGUGGGGUUGAUUUUUCAAAAGUUGUAUCAGUAUCGGGAUCAGCACAACAACAUGGAUCAGUUUACUGGCAAAAUGGAAGUAGUAAAGUUUUAGAAAAUUUAGAUUCCAGUCGAUUUUUACAUGAACAGUUAGUUGGAUGUUUUUCGAUAAGUGAAAGUCCAGUUUGGAUGGAUUCAAGUACAUCUGAAUAUUGUAAAAAAUUAGAAGAAUGUGUUGGUGGAAAGGAGAAUUUAGCUAAGAUAACGGGUUCAAAAGCAUAUGAAAGAUUUACUGGCGCACAAAUUGCUAAAGUUGCUGAUAAAAAUCCCGACGCCUAUAAAAAUACAGAACGAAUUUCAUUGGUUAGUAGUUUUGCAUGUUCGUUACUGUUAGGCAGCAUUGCUCCAAUUGACUAUGCGGAUGGAUCUGGCAUGAAUUUAUUAGAUAUACGUACAAAAGAUUGGCAUCAGCCAUGUCUGGAUGUUUGUGGUGAGAAUUUACGAGAAAAAUUAGGUAAACCAGUUCCAUCUUACACAAAUUUAGGUAAUAUUUCUACAUAUUGUAUAGAAAGGUUUGGAUUUAAUCCAAAUUGUAAGGUUGUUGCAUUUACUGGUGAUAAUCCAGCAUCAUUAGCAGGAAUGAAAUUACAAGAUGGAUGGCUUGCUAUAAGUUUAGGUACAAGUGACACCGUAUUUUUAUGGAUAAAUCAACCAAAAGUUGUAUCUGAUGGACAUAUUUUAUGUAAUCCAGUCAAUUCUGAUGCGUAUAUGGCUAUGUUAUGUUUUAAAAAUGGUUCCUUAACAAGGGAACGAUUACGAAACAGUUGUGCAGACGGAUCAUGGGACAUUUUUAAUGAAUUGAUUGAUAGUACACCAAGGGGAAAUUUUGGAAAUAUGGCUUUAUAUUAUGAUACACAAGAGAUCAUUCCAUUUUUAAAAGGCGAUUAUAGAUUCAAUAAAGCUGAUACUCGAGUAACCAGAUUUACAAGUUAUGAAGUUGAGAUUCGAGCAUUAAUUGAAGGACAAUUUAUUGCUAGGCGCGCACAUGCCGAAGAUAUUGGUUUCCAUUUAGGACCAGAAACAAAAAUUUUAGCAACUGGAGGUGCGUCUAAGAAUAAAGCAAUUUUACAAGUUUUAUCUGAUGUCUUUAACGCACCAGUUUAUACGCAGGAAACAGCAAAUUCUGCUGUUUUGGGAGCAUCAUAUCAAGCAAAACAUGGUUUAUACUGUAAAGAAAAAAGUUACGAUGAAAUUACCUCAGUGUUAACCCCACCAACAUUAGUUUGUGAACCGUUUAAAGAUGCACCUGAAUUAUAUGAUCCAAUGGUUUUACGAUAUCGAAAUAUACUUAACACGUUAUUAAGUGAGAAAAACUGAAGAUUGUGAUGCCUCGAUACAGCUUAAAUGAUUCUAAAUUAUUUUCCAUUCCUACUAUUUUUUUCGUUAAUUCUUCUUAAUAUAUUUUAACAUUGUUGCAUUUGUUAUAUGAUCUGAUUUUUCUUAAAACAGAUGCUUGUUUCUAAGAAACAUUUUUUAAAGAAACUCACAGUACCUCUAAUCUAUUUUAGCACAA